CGCCGUCAAACAAACUAAAGAAGAAGAAGACGAAGAAGAAGACGAAGAAGAAGACGACGACGACGACUUUGCUCUCGCGAGAUCUUUCAGCUUCCUUUUCUGAACGGAGCUGGCUACAAACAUGUCUCUGGUAAUCCCUGAGAAGUUCCAGCACAUUCUGCGUGUUCUUAACACGAACAUUGAUGGGAGGAGGAAGAUCGCCUUUGCCAUCACUGCCAUCAAGGGUGUUGGUAGACGGUAUGCCCAUGUUGUCCUGAGGAAAGCUGAUAUCGACCUCAACAAAAGAGCUGGGGAGCUGACCGAUGAUGAGGUUGAGAGAGUGGUGACUAUAAUGCAGAAUCCUCGCCAGUACAAAAUCCCUGACUGGUUCCUGAACAGGCAAAAAGAUGUCAAGGAUGGAAAAUACAGCCAGGUUCUUGCCAACGGUCUGGACAACAAACUAAGAGAAGAUCUGGAGAGAUUGAAGAAGAUCAGGGCUCAUCGUGGCCUCAGGCACUUCUGGGGUCUGCGUGUGCGAGGUCAACACACCAAGACUACAGGCCGCCGUGGUCGCACCGUUGGUGUGUCCAAGAAGAAGUAAAAAUCCCCCUUCACCCCAAGCUAAUAAAUGUCCCAAAUCACAGAA